CGAUCAGUUGGAUUCGUGUAGCGGUACCUGCGGGAAGUGUUUCGUUUCGAUCGCAUCGCAUCCUCCUCUCUCCGGACGGAGGUUCGUUUCGCGUGUGCGUGGUUGGCCGGUUUUGGUGACCUUUUUUUUUGCGUGCCCGUCGCCUGUCUGUUCGGUUGACAUCACGAACCAUCAGUAAGCAAAACUAACGGAGACAGGAUUCCACGGGCGGUUUUCCGGUGUGUAUGUUUUCCUCACGACAAGCGCAAGCCAGCUCAAGUCUGAGGGUCGGCGGCAAUGUCAGUGUGGUGGUGAAUAUCGCAGCAAAGAGUUUUCACAAUCCAAAGAAUGCCGAUCGGAAUGGAAUUGCAACCCCACGUUGAGUUGGUUUCGUGCCGAGAGUGCAGUGACAGUGGAUUAAUUUGAUUCUUGGCGGUGGCACAGGAACCGACUUGUGAGCGGUGGUCUGUCCGUCGUGAGAGAGAGAGAGAACGCAACUCGUGUGUUGUGAAGAAGUUUGUGCUGCGCGGCAGGAAGUCUGCACUCGCGGGAGGGACCUCGGAACUAUUUUGAAGGGGGGAAAGUUCGCAUCAUUGUUUUGGCAAGCAGUACGUGGAGGUGCCGAGCAACACCGGAAACUUGAGGGUACCCAAAACAUAAACUACGAAACAGCAGAACUUACCGACCGAAGAUAAAUAGUGAUUAAACGUGAAGGCAACAUAAAAAAAGUUAUUUUCUUCUACUUUUUCGCGCUUGAACUUCUCUCCCCAUUUGUCUCAUCAACGAACUCGGCCCGAGAGACUGCCAGAUUCAGGUGAUUCAGGGCGUGUAAAUCAAAAGGUUAAAGAGUGCAUAGCCCCUUCCCAUUCAGCAACAGCAUCCAGCAGUGCGAGCGAGCGGCUUUAUUCCUAUAAGAAAAUAAGAUGAUGUAAAAUUUAAUUGAAACGAAGAAAUACUUAUAUAUGUACCUAUAGCAUUCGAAUGCAGUACAGUGGGAAACGUCGCGUCGUCGCGGCGAAGUAGAAGAGACGAAAUAAAGUUUACAAAAGUAGGUGGUACAACGAAACGAAUGCAACGCCGCAAAACUGCAUGCCGGUGGUAGUCCCGUCAAUGUGCAAUUGAGUGUGCCUACUGCAAAAACAGCAGAAAAUAUGUGUGAAAUUAAAAAUUCAAAAUUGCAACAAUAAAACGUCAAAGAAAUUAAAUUAUUGUAAAGAUUUAUCAUCUGGAACGCGUGGCUCGCCGGCCAGUGGGCAGCUCGUCGUGGACGGCAUGCCGAGGAAAGAGACGGACGAGCGCGGAAGCAAAACUUUCAGCGGCGAAAUCAUCGGCGAAAAGUAGGCGAGAAGAAGAAUUUUAAACCAAACCUGUUUGUGACAGUUUUGCCCAUAUCUCCUUUUUAUGUUCGUUAUAAAAAAAAUCGAUAUGUGCAUAAAAAUAUAUUUUUUUAUAAAUUAAGUGGAACGUAGCCGCACAGUUGGGCCGGAGAAAAUAACGAACAUAAAUAACGUCAUCGAAAGAGUGCAAGAAGUGGAAUUAGCAGUACAAGGCGGAAAGGAAAAGUGAGUGUGCGCCAUAGAGGAGAACGAACGAGUAGGCUGCGAAGGUUGUUGGCGAUACUCGCGCCCGCGGAGAUGAACGGAGUCGAUCGCUCCGGCAACGGUUGUGUAUGUGUGUGUUUGUAGCUUGAUUUUUAUUGCGAAUUGCAUACGAAAACUAAGCCCCGACUGGUCCAGCUGAGCCGGCUGGAGUAGAAGUGUUUUCCGGCUCCAGUGGAAGUUGAUGAUGGUCGAAAGCAACAAGUAGGAUUUAUUGAGGUUAGAUGCGAUCGAAAGAUUGUUGCAGACUGCUACUGACGGACAUUCCCAACUAUGUACAGCAACAACUGCUCCAAAUGAGCACCACUCAGCAAAAUACAGACGGCAUUAAAAACUUUCAGACUCCCUCGUGAUGUCCUGAUACUACGAAGAUGAACUGUACCGCACUAAACAGCAAUCAAAUCGAAACAACACCCAACAACCACCCUCGGUUGGCGGUCAGCACCGCCGUCACGAGAAAUACCGUCGGGGUUCCAGUGUCGAGUGGAUCCGGUUCAGGAAUAUUCUUCCAUCAUACCAACAACCUGCUAGAUGUGCCCCGACCAAACAAUUCCGAAGAGGAGAACUCUCCAACGGAGCUCAACAACUGCCGAAGAUUGGCAGAAAAACCACCAUUAGUUAAACGUCUCACGAUGGGUAUUCUUCGAACGGCAGAGGACAGUCGGCCACUAGUCCACAAUUCUUCCCCCUCAAACUCUUCCGGUUCGUCCCAAACAAUUUCGGACGGAUACGUAAACGAAGGCAUUUGUAACGAAGCGGCGGUAGAAGCGAGUAUAGUUUUCAACAAAUUCGGAAAUUCUUGCCAACGGGCAUUGACAGUGAACCAGGCCGCCGUGGAGGGAUCACCCCGGUACAAUCAUAGUGCCGCGCCAUGUCCUCAAGCUGGGACUGGAUCCGCGAAUCCACUGCGCAACGACAGUCUCAGCUUGAAGGAGCAGCACGAACUGAAGAGAGCUCCCUGGUUUCAGGCCGGAAUACCCAGGGAGAUUUCACUCGAGGUCCUCUGCAGGCAAAAUCCGGGGGCUUUCCUCGUUCGUCAGAGUACCACGAAACCAGGCUGUUUCGCUCUGUCCCUCAGAGUACCACCACCGGCACCAAAAGUAGCGCAUUAUCUAAUUUUAAGAACGAUACGAGGUUAUAAGAUUAAGGGCUUCACCAAGGAAUUCAGCUCGCUACGCGCACUGAUAACACACCAUUCUGUGAUGCCAGAGCUACUUCCUGUUCCGUUGGCACUCCCACGGCCUCCGCAAGCCGGUCAGCGACAGGAGGACCCCGAGACUUAUGGUUCUCUAAACGAGUUCCAGAAAAUUAUAGGGGAAUAGUGUACACAUCUGCGUUUGACAAACACAACGUUGCCGUUACAAUAAUUAUCUUCCAAUUAUUCUUCUCGAGAUAGUUGAUUUAAAGUUCGACUAGUCAUCUAACCAUUAGAAACAAUCAAUGAAAUGUGUUAAUCAGUUGGAAAUGUUGUGAGCAUAUAUAGGCAAACAAAUUGAAUUUGGCUUUAAUCAAAACAGUGAGUUCAAAACACGAAUGAAGGAUCAAUAUAAUCCAAUGUUAAAUUUAGCUAUAGUGAAAAAUAACAUCUACAUUCUAAAUAUACAAUUAUACAAAAUAGGAUUAAAUGUUGAACAAUUAUAGGCGAAUAAAAAACAA